AUGGCGGACAGUUUUGCUACUAGUUACUAUACCAAAGGAGAACCUAAUUCAUCUAAUAAGAUGUUAGCAAGAUUCUCCCUUCUUCUUCUGCUCCUCCUUGUCUUAGUAUCAGCUGAUUGUACCUGUACUGCUCCAGUCGAUUCGGGAAUCAACAAAGCAGUGGCAUUGAACUACAAGAUAGCUGCCAUCUUUUCUAUUCUUAUCGGGGGCGCAAUUGGUGUGUGUCUUCCAACUUUGGGGAAGAAAUAUCCAGCUUUACGACCUGAAAACAACAUUUUCUUCAUAAUCAAGGCCUUCGCAGCAGGAGUGAUCUUAGCAACAGGGUUCAUACAUAUAUUACCUGAUGCAUUCAAUCAAUUAACAUCUCCAUGCCUUAAUCAGAACCCUUGGGGAAAUUUUCCAUUUACAGGCUUCAUUGCCAUGGUGGCCACCAUUCUAACUUUAAUGGUGGACAGUUUUGCUACUAGUUACUAUACCAAAGUUCACUCUAACAUGGAAGCAGCUAAACCUGAGAACUCAAAUGAGGAGAAGACUGGAGCAGCUGGAGCACAUGCUGGUCAUUCACAUGGCUUGGGUGCCCUUGUCUCUGAAGAUUCGGGUUCUUCACCUCUUAUCCGGCAUCGCAUCAUAGCUCAGGUGCUAGAGUUGGGGAUUUUGGUUCACUCGGUGAUCAUAGGGAUUACAGUGGGGGUUUCUUCAAGCCCAAGUGUAGUAAAGCCUCUGUUUGCAGCCCUGACUUUCCACCAGUUCUUUGAGGGCACAGGACUGGGUGGAGCCAUCGCUCAGGCAAGAUUGAAAACCAGAAGUAUUGCAUUAAUGGGACUCUUCUUCUCCCUUACAACUCCAAUUGGGGUCAUAAUCGGUAUAGGAAUAGCGAAUAUUUACAGUGAAAGUAGUCCAACUGCACUCAUAGUUGAAGGGGUUCUUGAUUCUGUAGCAGCUGGUAUCUUGAUUUACAUGUCCCUUGUGGAUCUACUUGCAGCUGAUUUCAUGAGCACCAAAUUGCAAAGCAAUGUUAAGCUUCAGAUAGGGGCAAGCAUCUCACUUCUUGUUGGGGCUGGUUGUAUGUCUGUUUUGGCAAUAUGGGCUUGA